UAUCAAUAAUAUUUUUUUAUAAUGGUUUUUAUGCCGUGUAGUAAAUCAUUUAAAGAUAUCUGAAUGGAGGGGGUGGUUGAAUGGCUUAGUAAACGUACCCCGGGAUCGCGUGACACCCUGUACAUCCCCUCUACGGAACCCAUCCUACAUAGAAACGGGGAAAUCCUAAAGUUGGUCUGUCGUGAGUUAACUUCCGGUGAAGGCGAAGGUAGAGAAGGUGGUGGUGGUUUAUCUUCGACUUGGGGUGAAGUUAAAAUCAAAGAAGAUAGUAAUAUGUCGAGGGUUACAUUCGAGAAGAAGAUGAGCAACCCGGAUAGAAAAAGACCCCCGAUUUAUCGCCCCAAAUCUAGAACAGACACCGCAAGAUCAUCAAGUAGAUUAGACACAUCCCGAUCAAGAACCGACCAAAAUAGCAGCGAUGAAGACUUGGCAAGACAAAACACCGACUUGCGACAGCGCUUACAAGACGAAGCGAGUCUUUACCGCCGAAAAUUAGACACCUAUAGACAAGCACAACAAAACCAAGCAGCUUUAGUUAGUAGAUUACAAGCUAAAGUACUCCAGUACAAACAAAGAUGCGCGGAACUUGAGGACCAAAUCACCGCACAUCACCACGACGAUCACGAUUACGACCAACUUCAUCACAAGAUUCCACUUUCAUCAACAUCUAGUGGAGGAUCAGCUUUGGAGCAAGCACAACAACACCUAAGAGAAAUCCGGGAAGAACGCGUAACAGAUUUAGAAACAGCUUUAAGACGAUUAGAUGAUGAAAGAGCGAAAUGCGAAAAAAUGAUGCAACUAAACUCAACGUUACGGGAACAAUUAGACGAAUCGAGACGGACCAAUGAAAAUCUAACGGCCGAUUUACAAAAAUUAACCAACGAUUUCGAGGAAUUACGCGAAGAAAUCAUCGUUAAAGAGGACGAAUGGAAAGAUGAAGAACAAGCUUUUAACGAUUAUUAUAGCACCGAGCACAAUCGUUUGUUGAAUUUGUGGCGAGACGUCGUUGGGAUUAAACGACUGUUUAUGGAUGUUCAAUCAACGACGGAAAAAGAUCUUUCAAAAUUAAAAAUGGAAAUCGGAAAUAUGGGCAGAGAGGCAUCGCACACCGUCGGAAGAUUGGAUAGAAACAUCUCGAUGGAAUCGCUUUUAAUAAGGAGCGAAAAACCUUACGAUGACAAUUUAAAUUUCAAAUCGCAAAUAGAUGCUUUGAAAACUCAAAACGAUAAUGCACAGAUUGAAAUUAAAAUGAAAGAAGAUAAAAUUAAACAGUUAAUGAAGGAUUUUCAAAUUUUGGAGGAACGUUGCGAAGCGGCCGAAAAAAACGUUUCACAAUCGUUUCGUCUUCAAGAAGACUUAGAUAUUCUACACGGAGCUUUGAGAGAUAUAACGCACGCUUUAAUUCAAGACUCGGAAGCUAAAGAGCAAUGCACCGGAAGCUCUCACGUACAUUUAAGCGCCCAAUUAAUAGCGCACAGGUCUCAAAAACCAACGAAAUCAAACGUUUCCCCGGCAGCUUUUGCGGAGAGCACGAUUUCAGCGGUCCAAGCAGCUUUACAUAAAUACCAAUCGAUGAUUCAUGAACUACAGGUUAAGCUCCAAUCAAAUAAGGAGCAACUUUUGUUGGUUCGGAAACAAAAUGAAUCAUCGGAAGAGAAUCUUCAAACGAUGGAACAACGCUUAAAAGAACUCGUAGCUCAAUUGGAUGCAAAUCGGGCUCAAUUAUCGCAUUGCUCGCAAGAAAGGGACACUUUACACAAAGCUUUGGAAAGUUUUAAAGUUGAAAAUAUGGCUUUAGAUAAACACCGCGUUGAAAUUAAUUGUAUCGUUGAAGGGUUAAAUUCGGAUUAUGAAAAAUUACAAAAAGAAAAUCACCGACUUCAAAAGGAUUUAGAUAUGAUUCAUGAAGAAAAGAUUUUUUUGCAAACUGAAAUGGAGAGAUUAAAUCAAAACGCGGAAAAUCAAGACAUUAAUUUGCGAGCGGAAGAGGAUCGAUGCAGCCGGAUGAGGGAGGAAUUAUUGGUUGUUCGCGAAGAGCUCAAUCGAUUAUAUUUAAAUCACGAUUUAUUAGAACAACAAAAAAUCGAAGCUGACGAAAUGAUCAUAAAUUUAGAAAAAGCCAAAAACGAAGCCGAAUCGAAAUUGGAUAGAGCGGCAGGCGAACGAAACAACGUCAACGAUAACUUGGCAAAACAAGAAGGGGUUGUUAAUGCUUUGGAAACGGACAAAAAAAAACUUCAAGAGGAAAUUAAAAAAUUAGAGGGGGAAAAAGUUGCGCUUCAUUCGCAAUGUGGCGAUCAGCAGAAUGAUAUUCAAUCGUUGAGGAAGGAGUUGCUUCAAGCAGAGCAACAAAAAUUAAAUUUGGAGUCGGAAAAAGUUAGUUUAAAUGAAAAAACGAAGUUUUUAGAAAUUGAGAAAGGGAAGGUUGAGAUGGAAUUGGGUCAAGUAAUCCGAGAAAGAAAUGAUUUUUCAAAUCAAUUAACCGUUUUGAAUCGAAAAAAAGAUGCUUUAAACGACGAAUUAAUUAGGACGCGUCAAAAACUCGAACAAGCCUCCGAAACGAAUUCCCGAAUCAACCGAAAUUUAGAGGAAUUAGUUCGAGAAUGCGAAGAGAAACAAUGUUCGAUGGACGCGUUAGAUAAAGAUCUACAACGUUUAGCAGAACAAUUAGCUGCGGUUCGGUGCGAAAAAGAAGCUUUAGAAGGCGUUCUUUUCGACGCUCAAACGAACUUGGAAUCAUGCGAAAAUAAAAAGUUCCAAUUGGAAAAGGAGCAACAAGAGUUAUUGAUAAAACAGGAAAGCUUAAAAGGAAACGUGGCGAGAUUAAUGAAAGAUUUAGAGAGAUCCGAGAAGAGAUGUGUUGAGAUUAAAAAUGCGAUGGCUCAACAAGCUGGAAAUCAAGAGGCGGAAUUCACAGAAACCAUUUUGAACUUAAAAAAAGUUAAUGAGGAUAAUAUUAAGAAAUUAACUGAAGAGAGGGAGAAGAUUCGCGCGGUUUUAGAGAAAAAGUUGGCUCAAACAACGCAGCAAAUAACUCACGAGAAAGAUUCGGAAAUUAAUAAGUUAUUGGAGCGAAUCGAAAAUUUGCAGAAUCACAUCGACAAUUUAUGUCAGCAACACGAAGAGUUAAUGUUACGCGCCGAAAACGAUAAACAACAAGCUUUGUUAUUAGCGCAUCACGAUCACCAAGCGCUACAAGAGCGCCUCGAUGCCACAAAAAAAGAAUUGGAAUCGGAGCGAGAAAAUUUGGAGCGCCUAAAAAGGGAAUCGAACUCCCAAUACGAAAACGAUCGCGGAAAUAUUAACCAAUUAAAAGAAGAAAUUAAUAAAUUCAAAAAUAAAUUGGACGAAACCCGCCAAAAAUGCGAAGAAGAAAAAAUCCGAUUAGAAUCGAGAAUUGAAGAAAUCCGAAAUGAACGGGAUCAAUGCCAAAAUGAGGUUGAAAAUUUAAAGGUUCAAUUACAUUUAGGUGAAGAUAAAAUCGAUGAUCUUCACGGCCAAUUACACGAAACGAUUCGGAAACUAAAAGAAUGCGAAAACCACGCGGAGGGGUUACGGAAGGAUUUGAUGGACGUAAAGAGGCAAUUAAAUGAUUGCAACAUUGAAAAGGAAAAAUAUCACGGCACCAACAAAGAAUUAAGGGAGUUCAUCAAAAGAAUCGAACAAGAAAAACGCGAAACAACUCGCCAAUUAGAAGAAAAUCUCCAAAAAAUAACCAGCGCGGAAGAAAUUAAAACCUCAAUUGAGACAGAAAAAACGAAACUUCAAGAACAACUCAAAGAAAUGGAAAAAGACCAAUUAACGUCCCAACACAAAAUCGAAUCCCUCCAAGAAGACUUGCAAAGGCAACAAAAUUCCGGAGCUCAAGCCCAAGCCGAAGAAAAAGAGCUCCAAGCUCGAUUAUUAAAUGAAAUCGAAGAACGAGAAAGAGCCCACCAAGAAAUUCACGAAACCAAAAAACAAAUCGCUGAAUUAGAACGAAACCUCGAUCAAACCCGGCAAGAAUUAUCCCGAACCCGAACUCACUCAAUCCACCACGAGGAACAAUUCCACGCGAGAGAACAAGAUCUUUUAGCGCACCUCGAAGACAGUAGAACGCGCGAAAAAAAAUUAGAAGAUCAAAAACAUAACUUAGAGGUUUGUUUGGUUGAUGCGACUCAACAAAUACAAGAAUUAAAAGCGCGAUUAAGCGGCUCCGAGGGAAGAGUCAAAGCACUCGACGCGCAAUUAACACAAAACGAAAGCAGCAAACGCGAAAUCGAACAAAAAUUACACAGCGUUGUUUCAACUUUAAGAAGAAUCGCCGGGAUACAAUUAGACGGGUCAUUAACGGCUCCGUAUCGCUUAAUGAGUCCUUCGAGGAGGUGGUCACCGGCUCGGACAUCCCAUCAACAACAACAAGAACACGAUGGGGAUGUUGAUCCUGAAUCGAUUCGAAAGGGGGUGCGAAAUUUAAUGCAGCAAGUUGCGCAAAUCGAGCGGGAAAGAGACGAUUUUAAAACUCAAAUGGUUUCGAUGAAGAAACAACUCCACGAAGCCCACGAAAUACAAAGCAAAGGCGAUAACAAGUUGGGAAAAUUAAUGAGUAAUUUGAGGACCCUCCAGGAUGAGAAAGGCAGUUUAGAAGUGAAAUUGGGCCAAAAAAUGAAAUCCCUCCAAACGCAAAGUGAAAUUUUCCAAAAGAAAUGCGACGAAAAUCAAUUGCAAAGGGAUCGAAUCGUUUCGUUGGAGUUAUCCGUUAAUUCCAUGGGGGAGGAUAAACUUCAACUCGAAGAUAAAAUCGAGAAGUUAAAAAAUCAACUAUCAAGGGUUGAGAAUGAAAAAAGAAAUUUCCAAGAGGAGUUAUCUCGCGUGGAAUCUCGCGCUACUAAAUUAGAAUUACAAAGAAUGUCCGCAGAGGGCGAUCUACAACGCCUUCAAAUGAUGCUACAAGAUAAAGAGAACCAGAUACAAAAGUGCCACGAAAAGUGCGAAUCCCAAUCAAAAAUUAUAACCGCCUUAGAGGAGCGGUGCGUUUCGUUAAAAUCAACGAUCGACCAACUCACCCAAACUUUAGACAGAUCCUCAUCGAGCGAAAACGAGCUUAAAGCAGAAAUUCAAAACUUACAAAGAAACUUAAUGGAAUCAACCGCUGCGUCGCAUUCGGGAAUAGAGCGCCUAAAACAUCUACAAAAAUCCCUCGCAAACUCCGAAAACGAAAAACGAGUCCUUUCAGAACGCAUGGAUGGGUGCCAACAAACCGUGGCAGAGUUACGAAGAAACAACCAAAUCCUACAAGAUCAAAUGGCGCGAUUAAACAACGAACUCUCGAAUUGCGAGGUGCAAAAGUCCGGGUUAGAAUCGCAAUUGCGAAUGUCUCAGUGGCCAUCGGGAAGUGAGAACAACGACGAUGAUUUGAUGCGACAAUUACAAACGAUUCAAAAGGAAAAAACGGAAUUACGAGGAAAAGUCGAUACGAUGUCCCAUAAAAUGCGACAAUUAGAAAGCGAUAAAAGAAAUUUGGAACGAUUAACCAAAACUUCCCAACCUAACUUAGUAAAUAAAAGAAGUGAAAAAUUCGAUGUUGAUGGAGACGAUUUUAAAUUGCAACAAGAAAAUCGCGAUUUAAAACUGAAAAUACAAAAGCUUGAGAAUGAAUUGACCGAAAAAGAAACGGAAUUGGCUAGGUUAAAAACUCGGCAACCGAUUUUGGAUCAAAAAUACGAUCGGAGUGAGAUUGAAAGAUACCGGGCGGCUCAAUUGCAAGCCGAGCGUUUGUUGGAAGCUCGCGAACAAAGCCAUCGACAACAAGUUCAAAGAUUAGAGCAUCAAUUAGCGAUGUUAAGGGAACAAUUAAAUCAAGAAAUUAAAAGGCGUCAACAAUAUGUUUUACGGUCGACGCGAGCUGGGCGUGAAAUGCAACAAUUAAGACAAGCUUUGGGUGAUUCUUUACGUACCGUUUCUCAAGAUCCAUCUCUCGAUGCUUUGUUGUUAGAACAUGAAGCUCGGAAAUUAGAUAAUACCCUUUCAAACACUGCCAGUUUACCUCCAGGAUUGUCUUCUUAUCGAGCUACAACUCCACAACCUAAAUAAUAUUAAAAAAAUUAAAUAAACAAAGCUUAUUUAAUGUGCCAUUUAAAAAUUGUGUUCACAAAA